CAUGUGCGAAGGUGUCCAAACUGACAAUGCUCGUGAGAUGAAGAUAGCGCUGCUGCUGCUUCUGAGCUCAAGGAGGACGCGAGGAAUCUACAAGCCGACAAGAUGAGAUCCAAGGCGAGGGCGAGAAAACUGGCCAAAAAUGACAGUGAGGCAGUAGACAGCAUGUACGACACAGAGCCCAAUCUCGUGACCGGCGAGAGUGCGGAAGAGGAGACAGAAGACAGCAUCAUGUCCCCCAUUGCGGUGGGUCCCACGUCCCCUCAGCCCUGCAAUGAGGACUUCACUCCUAAAGAGGGCUCACCCUAUGAGGUGCCCGUCUACAUUCCCGAUGAUAUUCCCAUCCCUGCUGACUUGGAGCUCCGCGAGUCGUCUGUUCCAGGGGCCGGCCUUGGAAUCUGGGCUAAAGUCAAAAUUCGGAUGGGAGAACGCUUCGGACCAUACAACGGACUGCAGAGCGCCACGGUAAAAGAGACCACUUAUGGAUGGGAGCAAAUGCUGAAUGAUCAUGAAACGUCGUCUCAAGACAGCUGUAUUAAAAAGGUAAUGGACAACAUGGGCAAUGUGAAGUUCUGUCUGGAUGGGGCUCUGGAGGCCAGUGGGAGUUGGCUCAAAUAUGUGCGCACAGCCCCGUCCCAUGAAGAGCACAACCUGGCCAUGUGCCACAUCAGCGAAGACCAGAUCUGUUAUAAAGCUAUUAGAGAUAUUGAAAUAGGGGAGGAGUUACUGGUUUACAUGAAGGACGGAGUUUUCCCCGAGGGCUCAAUGGCACCGAACCUGGAAGAUGAGCAGAUGUACCGCUGUGAACACUGUGAUGAACUCUUUACAUCAAAGCUGGAGUUACGGCGGCAUCAGAAAUACUCCUGCAGCAGCGGCAACUCUAUCUUUGACUCACUAAGCGAAGACUUCAAACAGGAGCGCGAAGACAGCGAUGAGCCAGUACACGAGUGCAAAGACUGUGAAAAGAUCUUCCCUAGCGAGUACAGUCUGGGGCAGCAUAUGAUCGUGCACACAGAAGAAAGAGAGUAUAAGUGUGACCAGUGCCCCAAAGCUUUCAACUGGAAAUCCAACCUCAUUCGCCAUCAGAUGUCACAUGACAGUGGCAAGCGCUUUGAGUGUGAAAACUGUGAUAAGAUGGAUGUCACACCACAGGACGUCAACUUUCCAAAAGUGUUCACAGACCCCAGCAACCUCCAGCGCCACAUCCGCUCUCAGCACGUCGGUGCCCGAGCCCACACCUGCCCUGAGUGUGGCAAGACCUUUGCCACCUCCUCGGGCCUCAAGCAGCACAAGCACAUACACAGCAGUGUCAAGCCUUUCAUCUGUAAGUCUGAGCAGUCUUGUCUAAGCCUCAGAUACAAUUACCAGUGUCCAAAGACCUCCCGGCUAGCUCCACCCCAAGAUUGUGACAGCUGUUGUUUUAUAGGUGAGGUGUGUCACAAAUCGUAUACCCAGUUCUCUAACCUGUGUCGUCACAAGCGGAUGCAUGCAGACUGCCGCACCCAGAUCAAGUGUAAAGACUGUGGGCAAAUGUUCAGCACUACCUCCUCCCUCAACAAGCACCGGCGCUUUUGCGAGGGCAAGAACCAUUAUAAUCCCGGAGGCAUAUUCACACCGGGCAUACCAAUGACAUCCAGUCCCAUUUUAGGCAAGUCCAAGUCUCAUCCUGGCUUGAACCAUGGUGGAAUUAACUUCAGUGAUUAUUUCUCAUCCAGGCCACAUCAUGCAGGUUUGCCCUUUUCCCCAGCACCUCCUGCAUUCCCAGCCAUGUCCCAUGGCUUCCCAGGGAUCUUUCCCCCAUCACUAUAUCCUAGACCGCCAUUGUUACCUCCUAGUUCACUGCUCAAGAGCCCACUUCAAGAUGGUAAGCUGCCCCCUCUUGAUGCUCCUACUCUUUCCGUGGUCUCAUCCAUGCACAACAGCAAUGGAAAUGUAGGAAGUGGUCUCAGCAGCCAGUCAGAGGAGAACCGAGAGUCCAAACUGGACUUCUCAGACAACAAGAAUAAAGUGAAGAUGAACGACAUGUCUGAUGGUAGUGAUUUGGAAGAUGUUAACACAUCUAGUGGCACAGAUCUAGACACCACAACUGGCACUGUGUCUGGCUCCGACCUAGAAAGUGAGGCAGAGAGCGAACGGGAGAAGGGCAGGAGGAAACCGGUGCAGGAGAGCAAGCAGGACGAAGUGAGCAGCAGUUCAGUAUCUGUCUCCAGUUCAGGGAACCUCCCUUGCGAGCGGCCAUUCCUCUCCUCCCAGCAUUCCUUUUUCCCACCACCAGAAGAGCAAGCACUUCCACCCUCCGGGGCCACCACUGACUCCAUUAAAGCCAUUGCCUCCAUUGCAGAAAAGUAUUUUGGGCCUGGAUUCAUGGGCUUGCAGGAGAAGAAAAUGAGCUCCUUAAACUACCAUUCCAUGUUUCCUUUCCAGUUUCUGCCCAACUUCCCACAUUCCUUGUACCCAUUCACAGACAGAGCACUCAAUCCUGGUAUGUUCUUCAAACCUGAGCCUAAAUCACCUCGUGAGCACAUACAGAAAUUGCCUACAGCCACUGGUGCUGAUUCACCCUUUGACCUAACCACCAAACCCAAGGAGGUCAAACCUCUCCCUCCACCCUCCAGCAAGCCAGCCUUGCCAUCCAACGCCCUCCGGGCCCCUGGUGAGGAACAGCCUCUGGACCUUAGCAUAGGCAGUCGAAGCCGAGCCAACCAGAACGGUGGCACACAUGAACAGCGCAAGAAUCACGUCUAUGGCGCAAACUGCAAAGCAGCUAAAGAUGAACACCCAGCACUAACUCAGUCCCAGAACUUGCACCAGCCCCAGAUGCAUCAGCCACAAGCAUCCCUUCCCCAGCCACCUCCUCCCCAGCAGCCGUCGCUCCACUACGCCAAGCCCUCGCCGUUCUUCAUGGACCCCAUCUACAGCAGGGUGGAGAAGAGGAAGCUAUUAGACCCAGUAGGAGCUCUAAAGGAGAAGUACCUGAGGCCUGCACCACUACUUUUCCAUCCUCAGGUGUCUGCGAUGGAAAACAUGACUGAGAAGUUGGAAAGCUUUGGCGCUCUGAAACUGGAUGCUCCCAAUUCCCUCCAGCACCCCUCACACCAUCUUUUUAACUUCCGCUCCCCGCCUCCCUCUCUCUCCGAUGCUAUCUUACGCAAAGGCAAGGAGCGAUACACCUGCAGGUACUGUGGGAAAAUCUUUCCCAGGUCAGCUAAUCUUACAAGGCACUUACGAACACACACAGGAGAACAACCCUACAGAUGUAAAUACUGUGACCGUUCAUUCAGCAUCUCCUCCAACCUCCAGCGACACGUUCGUAACAUUCACAACAAGGAAAAGCCUUUCAAGUGCCACCUUUGCAAUCGCUGCUUCGGUCAACAGACCAACCUGGACCGCCACUUAAAGAAACAUGAACACGAGAAUAUUCCAGUGAGUCAGCAGUCGGGGAUCCUCUCGAAUUUAGGAACAAAUAUUUCCUCACCGAACUCAGAGUCUGACAAUCAUGCACUUUUGGAUGAGAAGGAGGACUCGUAUUUCUCAGAGAUUAGGAACUUCAUCUCCAAUAGUGAGCUGAACCAGGCCUGUAGCUCCUCGGAGAAAAGGUCAGAGCUGACAGAGGAAGAGCAUCCUCAGAGUCACACUCACACUGCCUCCAAACUGGAGGAGGAGGAAGAGGAGAUGGAGGGAGAUGACGAAGAUGAGGAAGGCUCGUUGACAGAGAAGUCUCAGGACGAGACGGCCUCUCCCGCCACUAUGGUGCAGGGCACUUACGACGAGGAUGAGGAGCCCACCCCUCUCCCUAUGUCUUACGAACACACGCGCAGGUGUAUUGAGGAGGAUGCAGGCCUAUUAGAUCUGGAACCUCUGGCUGGUUUCCCCAAAGGCCUGGAAUUCCAUAAGGCUGGCGAGGAGCCCUAUGACAUUAAAGACAUUUUUAGCCCCUCGGUAGAGUCGGAGGCGCUGAAAGAAACUCUUUUCAGGCAGGCUAAAACACAGGCUUAUGCAAUGAUGCUCUCUCUGUCUGAGAACGCCAAUCUGCAUUCAUCCUCCCAGAACUCCUUGGAUGCCUGGCUCAACAUGGGAGGAGGGCCGUCGGAAACCAGCUCCUUUCACCCCCUCAACAACAUCUGAGAGCAAGAACAAGACAAAAGAGAGAUCCGAAGAGAUGGAGGGAGAAAGGAGGAGAUGGGAGAAGAGACCAACUUGAAGACCAGCAACGCCACGGUUGAUGAACCACCACUAUGCGCAUAAGGAGGAGAACGUACUGUUGAGUGAAACAGACACAGGAACCAAUCAUAGAUGGGAGAGUUUUAUUACACAAGAAUGAAAUCAUCAAAUCCCAGCCAUACAGCAUCUUUCCUGUCUGCAACUAGCAACUAUAGUGAGUUCUCUCCUCAGCAGCUGAAUCAAGAGGAUGCAUUCGAAAGACUCGAAAAUCACCUCAUUUUCAAUUAUAUGCAUUUCACAGAGACUGCUCUCGAGGUUUUUUUUUUUACCAUGUUCUCGGAGAAGCCCAGGCCGGGGUUGACUGGACAGGGUAGUUGAUGUGUUUCUUCAACUGGAGAUUUUAACCGUUUCUAUACAGCAUUCCAUUCUCAAGUUGAUUUUCUACAGCACUGUACCAAGGUUUCCUUUAUAUUAACUCACAGCCGAAGUCUUACAGUAGAUCAUUAGUGUAGACAUCAACAUUGAUUUCCAAUGGCAAUAGAAGCACUUAAGCCUAGCCCGCAACUAGCAUGCUAACUUUCCCCCAAGGCUGACCGCAGUGUUGGCACGCCACUGGCUCUAAAAGUCUAUGCUGGAG